AUGCCGCUGCCGCGUAGCAAGGCUAGGCCGGCGCCGCCCAGGAAGGGCAGCAGGUCGAAGCUCGAGCGGGAGGUGGAGCGGCUGGAGGAGGUGCUGCGGGAGGAGACGGCGCUGCACGCCAUCCUCGACCACGCGCUCGACCACGCCGCCGUCACGCUCGCCGACAUGUCAUACCUCCCCGCCCACGCCCAGGAGCUGCUCGCCACCAUCUCCGCGAUGGAGGCCGGCGUCGCCAAGCUCGAGGAGGAGAUGGUCGCGCUGCACUUCCAGCUCAUCCAGGAGCGCAACGAGCGCCGCCUCGUCGAGUACCGCGCCAACCAGCAGCAGCGGCCCGCCGCCGUCUGCUCCCACCGCGCCGCCAAAUCCGAAUCCGACGUACGCCCUCCACCUCCUCCUCCUCAAGUCACCCUCUCCCUCCCACCGCAUUCUCUCGCUGACGCGGCAAGCAAUACCAAACCCAGCAGAGGCGACAAGGUCCACCCCUGCGCCGCCGCGCCAGCACUGCACCGGCAGCUCUCGUCCAAACCCCUCGGCGGCGGCGCGGACCCGAGCCGCCUGUCGGAGGACAUCGUGCGCUGCAUGCGCAACAUCUUCAUCUCGCUCUCCGACUCCCGCAGGGCCAGCAGCAGCAACCACUCCUCCGCGGCGGAAAGCCGGCAGCAGCGGUCCGUCCCGUCGCCCAGCGGGAUCUCCGCCUUCUGGUCCCUCGCCGAGCCCUCCGCCAUCUCCUCCUGGGUGCAGAGCCCGCAGGUCGACCUCAACCAGAACAACAGCCUGCUCGCCUCCGAGACGGUCUUCGAUCCCUACAAGGCCAGGGAGAAGCUCAGCUGGGCGGACAUCGGGACCUAUGGCGCCGCCUCUGAGGUCUCCUGGAUGUCCGCCGGGAAGAAGCAGCUCGACUACGCUGCAGAGUCGCUACGUAAAUUCAGGUUGCUAAUUGAGCAGCUGGCAGAAGUAAACCCUGUGCAUCUCAAUGACGAUGCGAGGUUUGCGUUUUGGAUCAACUUGUACAACGCAUUGUUGAUGCAUGCUUAUCUUGCUUACGGUGUUCCACGAAGUGAUAUGAAACUGUUCUCACUAAUGCAAAAGGCUGCGUAUACGAUUGGAGGGAAUUCAUUCAGUGCAGCAUUCAUCGAAUAUGUUAUUCUAAAGAUGAAACCACCGAAUCACAGACCGCAGAUGGCUCUGCUUCUUGCUCUUCAGAAGAUAAAGGCACCCGAGGAGCACAAAAAGUUCUGCAUUUCAGCACCUGAACCACUUCUGACGUUUGCUCUGAGCUGUGGAAUGUACUCAUCUCCUGCGGUGAAGAUAUACACAGCCAGCAACGUAAGGGAAGAGCUCCAGGAUGCUCAGCGCGAUUUUAUUAGAGCAUCAGUAGGAGUGAGCCGGAAGGGGAAGCUUCUGAUCCCUAAAAUGCUGCACUGUUUUGCACGAGGAUUUGUCGACGACAACAGCUUCCCCAUCUGGAUAUCACAUUUUCUGCCUCAGCAGCAGGCUACUUUUGUUGAGCACUGCGUGUCUCGGAGGCGGCAAAGCCUCCUGGGCACCCGGACUUUCGGCAUCAUUCCGUUUGAUUCUCGGUUCCGGUACCUCUUCCUGCCUGAUAUGGGAUCAUUAAACUGA